AUGCUUGCUCCAUACGGGCAAUUCCAGGCCAUUGCCGGUUACUUCCAGCAAGCCUUCCAAGCCCCAGCUUGUGCACAGCCUUUUGCGUGCCGUCUGGCUGAAGCCUACUCCGAGGGGGACCUUCGCCCCAUAGGCAUACAGGUAGCGCACCUGCUGCAGUGCACUCCGCAAUUCGCGUAUUGUGAGGGCAAAGGAGUGGAUGCCUCUCUCCAGAGGAUACUCAUCGAGAUUCACGUCCGCACAUCCCCUAGCUGGGUGCAACAUCUGGUGACCUGCUUUGCAGAUGAUACCCACUUGGCAUGGGAAAUCGAGCAAUACUCGGACUUAGCGUUCUUUAGCACAUCCUUGCGGGCCACUUUCCAGCUCCUGCGUGAGUGUAAGAUGCUUGUCAACUCUGACAAAUCGACGCUAGUGCUGGGCCUUCGCGGAGCGCAAGCCAAGCGCUGGAUUCGUACGCACCUGGUGGUUAAAGCCGGUAAGAAAUGCUUGGACCUAGGGACUCCGGGAGCUGCACUGUGCAUCCCUGUGGCUGAUCAAUUUGUGUACUUAGCCUUAGCCAGUGGAUCCAGUCCAAUAUGCAUGCGACUGCUGACGUCGGCCAACCUGCUGAGCAUGGACGGCUACGACCUUCUGUGGGCUGGUGAAGAUCGACUCCUUCGGGUGGGAUGGUUGGAGGACGGCAUCAACGCUCUCCUGCCGGCCUGGCACUAUUUCCGAUGGGACGCCACAACGCAACGGCAAGUGGUUUCGGAAAGGCCGCCCUUGACCCAGGAUCGCCUUCUGAAGUGCCUCGAUGUGCUGGAGAAGGGUUGCAGCCUCCCCACGGUACUCCUGCGGUUCCGCUCGACGCACAAGCUGGGUCAGGAGACACAGGCGGAUGUGGUUCCGUUCAUGUUGUCCAUCAGUCUUCGGACUUCUGUGUCCCAAGAAUGCCACGAAGCUUUGACAAUUCUGGCAUACAGCGGCGCCUUGAAGAUGCUUGGGCUUCGGCUGCGCCCAGAAAAAGUGCAGCAGUCUCAGAUGGCAAAGGAGUUGACCGAAGCUUACCUGACGGUUCCAUACACGGAUUGGUCCCGCCGGCCCGCCCCGUGGACCCAGCAGCAACCGCUGCCUCAAGCAGCCGCAAUGGAGAAGUAA